CUUCAAGUGGGAUGUCAUGGCCAGCUCCUCGGACAGUGAAGAUGAUAGUUUCAUGGCUGUGGACCAAGAAGAAACUGUACUGGAAGGGACAAUGGAGCAAGAAGAGGAAUCCCACCCAGUGCUGGAAGUUGAAGAGACAAGACAUAAUAGGUCCAUGUCUGAGCUGCCAGAAGAGGUUUUGGAGUAUAUCCUGUCCUUCCUCUCACCGUAUCAGGAACACAAAACUGCAGCUCUGGUCUGCAAACAGUGGUAUCGGCUUAUCAAAGGUGUAGCCCACCAGUGUUACCAUGGUUUCAUGAAGGCUGUCCAGGAAGGAAACAUUCAGUGGGAGAGCAGGACUUACCCUUAUCCUGGAACCCCCAUCACUCAGCGGUUCUCCCACAGUGCGUGCUAUUAUGAUGCCAAUCAGUCUAUGUAUGUCUUUGGAGGCUGUACCCAGAGCAGUUGCAAUGCUGCCUUCAAUGACCUCUGGAGGCUCGACCUAAAUAGCAAAGAGUGGAUUCGACCAUUGGCCUCAGGGUCCUAUCCUUCCCCCAAAGCUGGAGCCACUCUAGUCGUGUAUAAGGACUUGCUAGUGCUAUUUGGUGGCUGGACGAGGCCAAGUCCCUAUCCCUUACACCAACCAGAGAGAUUCUUUGAUGAAAUUCACACGUACUCACCAUCUAAAAAUUGGUGGAACUGCAUCGUCACCACACAUGGGCCUCCUCCUAUGGCUGGCCAUUCCUCCUGUGUGAUAGGUGAUAAAAUGAUUGUCUUUGGUGGCUCUUUAGGAUCCCGGCAAAUGAGCAAUGAAGUCUGGGUCCUUGACCUGGAGCAGUGGGCGUGGUCCAAGCCGAACAUCUCUGGCCCCAGUCCUCACCCCCGAGGUGGCCAGUCUCAGAUUGUUAUAGAUGAUGCAACUAUCCUAAUCCUUGGCGGUUGUGGUGGUCCCAAUGCUCUGUUCAAAGACGCCUGGCUGCUACAUAUGCACCCAGGUCCCUGGGCCUGGCAGCCACUCAAGGUAGAAAACGAAGACCACGGUGCCCCAGAACUGUGGUGCCAUCCAGCCUGCCGGGUGGGACAGUGUGUGGUGGUCUUCAGCCAGGCUCCUAGUGGGCGAGCGCCACUCAGCCCCAGUUUGAACUCUCGCCCAUCACCUAUCAGUGCCACUCCUCCAGCCCUGGUUCCUGAGACCCGAGAAUACCGAUCCCAGUCUCCUGUGAGGAGUAUGGAUGAAGCUCCUUGUGUUAAUGGCCGCUGGGGAACACUGAGGCCCAGGGCUCAAAGGCAGACUCCCUCAGGUUCCCGAGAAGGGAGCCUCUCCCCAGCCAGAGGAGAUGGCUCUCCUAUCCUCAAUGGUGGAACCUUGUCUCCAGGGACAGCAGCUGUUGGGGGUGCUUCCUUGGACAGCCCUGUGCAGGUGGUAUCUCCAAGCACCCCAUCUGCCUCCGAAGGAUAUGACCUAAAAAUGGGACUUUCCCUAGCUCCCCGCAGAGGCUCUCUCCCAGAUCAGAAGGACCUGAGGCUAAGCUCCAUUGACCUGAAUUGGGACCUGAAGUCUGCUUCCAAUAGCAGUCAUGUGGAUGGUACAGACAACAGGACAGUUGCAGGGAGUGUGAGACACCCUCCAGAACAGACCAAUGGUGUUCAUACACCACCACAUGUGGCCAGUGCCCUUGCAGGGGCUGUAUCCCCCAGUGCCCUGCGUCGGAGUUUGGAAGCCAUCAAAGCGAUGUCAUCCAAAGGCCCCUCAGCCUCGGCCACGCUAAGUCCUCCUCUUGGGUCUUCUCCAAGCUCUCCAGGGAAUCAGAACCUGAGCAGUGGAGAAACUGUACCCAUCCCCCGCCCAGGACCAGCCCAAGGAGAUGGUCAUUCCUUACCCCCAAUUGCUCGCCGCCUGGGCCACCACCCUCCACAGUCCCUCAAUGUUGGCAAACCCCUGUACCAGAGUAUGAACUGCAAGCCCAUGCAGAUGUAUGUGCUGGACAUUAAAGACACCAAGGAGAAAGGCCGAGUCAAAUGGAAAGUAUUUACUAGCAGUUCUGUGGUCGGGCCUCCUGAAACCAGCCUGCACACAGUGGUACAGGGCCGAGGAGAGCUUAUCAUAUUUGGAGGGCUCAUGGACAAGAAGCAGAAUGUGAAGUACUAUCCAAAAACAAACGCCUUGUACUUUGUGCGAGCAAAGAGAUAAUGUGUUCAAAGUCCUUUCCCUUUCUGUGGCUUUUCAUUCGGAAUUUUCCAGUGUACAAGCAUUUGGACCGAGACUCGGGAAAACAACAUGAUUCCCACAAACCAAAACUCCAAUUCCAUGCCUAACUCAUUCCAGGCUGGGAUCAAAUCUCCAUUAAGGAAAAGAUUAUAUAUAGAUAUAUACAGAUAUAUUAUAUAACCAACUCUGUUUACAAAUAAAGGUGAGGUCUCCGUUCUGGUUCAGAUCAGCUGUUGCUAUCUUAGCGGAGGCUGUGCUGGCCUUUUCUACUCUGCUGGUAAUCAGACCAGGAAGUUAGGGACAGACUAACAGCAGUAACUUCCCACAAGAAACAAGCUGAAGAGCUCCCUGGAUCUUUCUGUGGCCUUCUCAGACAGGACACCAAGGAAGAGGCUUCAGACACCACACUGCAGGGUCAGAGUCACUUAGAGAAAACAAUGUAAACCUCCUGUUUGAACCUGUGACAAUUCUGCAGAAGCAUUCUGUGCCUGGUCCCUUCUGUGAUCCAGAGAAGUCACCCAACAAGAAAUACAGUUCCCCACAUGCUGGAGUCACGGUGAAACGAUGUUUAUAGAGCCGCUGUCCAUCUGCCUCUUUCCUGUCCCUUGGUCUUUUGAGUUUCCCCUACAGUCUCAGCAAACAUGCAGUGUCUGAUUAUGGGAUUUUUCUGACAAUCGUGUUUGAUUGCAAGUUGCCAAAAAACAUAUUGUUUUCCUUUUAGAAUUCGGUCCUCAGAGGCCUCUUUUCUGUCUGUAGGCUGCUCCCUUGCCCUUUGGUGGUUUGCUUUAGUUGGGGGUAUUUUAUUUUACUUUUUGUUUUGUUGUUUGGGGCAUUUGACUUUUUAAAAAGCAUCCAAAUGUCUGUUGUUCAUUCUUCUCUGCCUAAAGAAACCAGAUGCUCUUGAGCCUUCCCUGCAUCUCCAGGGCCAGUAUCCACUGCAGUGUGGGGGUGCACACACCUGUGACCCUUGCACUCCGGGCAAAGGCAGGAUGAUUUCAGGUUUGGGUCUAGCCUGGGUUAUAUGAUGAGCCCCUGUCUCAACAAAACAAAAUUAAGAUGCCAGAAUCAUUAAAAAAAAAAAAUCCAAAAGUCACCUCUCCUUCCAUCCCUUCCCCCAGUAGGGUCUCAGUGUAGCUCACAGAGAUCCUCCUGCCUCUGCCUCCCAAGUGCUGGGAGGAAAGGCGUGUGACACCAGGCCCAACCCAAAAGCUAUCUUUUAGUCAGUGUGUUUCUUUUAUCUCCACGUUUCACUGGGCACGCCCAUUCUUACUAGUAGAAUAUAAGAGUUGAUCUUAAAAGGGAAUCUGGAAACAGUUCCUUCCAGAAAGGGUUUCCUCACUUGUGACACACCUUCUGCUGUACUGUUGACAAGUGACUGGUUUGAGUAUCCUGUCCUUGACCUUGGAGAUACAUGUUGACCUGGGAGCAGCUCCAUCCUUCAUGUUGUCUUGUUCUUGUAUCCCCCAAACAGGGCUUUAGUUCGUACUUUGACUUCAUUUCCUAGAUAAAGUACAGCCACCCAGGAGAGUGUUUAUUUUGUUCAGAGGACACCAGAAAUUACUAGUCUUUCUGGACAUAGGAGACAUCAAAAAGAUAUUUUAAAUGGACAUGCAACUAUGGAUUUUGGUGGUUUCUCAUCAGUGGUAAAGGAUUUUCAUUUUGCCUUUAAAACCGAAAUUGAAACAACAAAAAUGUGUUUCCCAGCCCCAUCCCCUUUUUCUUGUCAGUGUCUCCCAGGCACAAGCUCACUGCUGCUGACCCUGGGUCCUGGCUCACAGCCAGCACUUGCCCUGGCUGACGUGUGUGUCUCCUGCUUCAUGCUCAGUCUUCCCUUAGCCAUUAGCUUCGCUCUGGUGGUCUCGGCAGGAAAGUCCCCCUGGGGAAGCCCAGGUAAGGACCAGCUCUCGAGGAGAGGAAGGUGCUCUGGAGCUGCUCCCAAGGGAACACCCCUGUGCCUACUUCCUGUGUAUCCCACCACUCCAGCUCCCUGCUCUGUUGCUUCUGCCAGUCCUUUGGUUGACAGUUUGAUCCUGUGGGGCCUGACUUAAGAGGCAAGGUCAGCAGAUGAGCAGCCUGACAUUGCUGAAACCUGGCUGUGGUGUUUGCCUGUGGACGUGCCUCUGGACUUGGUUUCUACUUGCACAUCAAGUAUUCAGACACCUGAAGUUCAGAAUCGCCACUUUUGUAGUCUUUCUUUUCCCCCUGUGGCCUUCCUAAGCUAGCGGUCAACUGUUGAUUGUUCUACUUUUCCCAAGCAGGCAGCAGAAACAUUAACCUCUUAGAAAGCAAGGGGUUCCUCUGAACCCUGGGGUCCUGGGGCUGCCCACACUGCUGAGAGCCAGGUAUCUGCAGUCCCUCCAGAGGAAACAGAAGGAACCUUUCGUGCAGCCAGCAGUGUAGGACUUGCUGGUCCUGAGCUCUGUGGAUGUGUGCUGUGGGAAAGUGACUCAGCAGUGAAGCUGGUGGGCUCCUCAGCCCCAUGAGACUGUAUGGCAGGACUUCCGAUGUCUCUGCAGAGGUCAGCAUUCCCACAACACCGUUAGUUCAGAUUUAACCACAACUCUUUUUUUUUUUUUUUUUUUUUUUUGGACGCGAUACCAAUUUUGUCUUAAAAUUCACUGAGAGACAUGAGACAAAAUAUUUUGUUUGAACCCUCAGGAGCACCUAAAGCAAAUAUUUAUCAGUAUUUAAGUAUUUAAAAUACAUCUUGUUUCUACUUGAAGCUUUAACCCUUUCCAUUCCUGCAAGUGUGCCUUUGAGAGCCCUCGGUCAUAUUAACUUCAGUCAUUUGGCUGGCCUCGCUCGUGUGAGAGUUCUGGGCACUGCUCUGCUUCUUUCUGCACAGAGCUUCCUGUUCAUCUUCCCACACGCCACGCAGCAGAGAGCAUUCAUUGUCAUUCCUGUUUCCACCUUUCUUCCCUGCUUUGGGUGAGCACGUCACAACGCCACCUCCCCCCACAUCUGAAAGCACCAAUAAGGUAUAGGAACAAAUGUCAAUUUUGUUUAAUGCUGGGGCUUACUCUCCUCCCAGCCCUCUAUAGGUUGAUUGAUUUUAAUGUUUGAGCUAUAGGAAGAACUGUGGAAGAAUGGCCUUGGAACUCCUUAAAACACAGAAGAGGAGAGGAGGAGGCGCCAUUGCGGGGAGACUCAACUCUGAAGGACAGAAAGUCACUGGGGGUCCUCCCUCCCUUCACCAUGUCUUUCUGGGUUCAUUCUGCUUUGCUUUUUCCCUCCCCCUUUAAAGUGAAUCACCUGCUUGGUCUGUCCGUCUGUCUGUCCUUGUCUUCGUGGUGACCCCAGCAUGGUGAUGUACUCUGCCUCGUGUUACCUGUAGUCCUGCAGUGCAUAAGAUGGUGGAGAGGACUGAAGGUCAGGGCGAGGAAGCCUGGCCUCGGGUACUGCAUAAGGCAUGCUCUGCUGUCACCAGUAGGUGGCCUCUCACCACUCCCGUCCUUGUGAAUGAAAGCCAGCCUCUUUGGCUCCACUGUGCUCGCUCUGCUCGAUCUGCCCCCUCCUACCAACCAGGGCUCAUGUCAGUGUGCACCCACCGUGCCCUGGCGAAGCUGGUGCUGCGAGUGAUGUUUCCCAUACAACUCAGGGGUGCCAGGGGGCUCACCCUGAUAGUCAUGAUAGGCACAUCACAGUGUAGGGAUGAAAACGGAACCCAUGGAUAUUUAAAUCUGUCAAUUUCAUUUUUGUUAAUGUUUUCCCCUGAUGACUUUUUAGCAGUUUAACAAAUAAAACAAAAAUGGACUGAA